UUGGCUGACUAUAAUGUCUCGACUGAUUCUCCUCUUUGUCUCCAUGUUUGGAGCCUUUCAUGGAACCGUAGCUGCCUCGCAACACGUUAACAAAGAUCUCUCCAACCAGUACAAUGCUCGUUUUCACGCUUACGAGGAACCGUACGGUAUCGACUUCACAUAUCAUAAUUACGACCAAAUGAGUCGUUUUCUACGCGCAACAUCUCUUCGUUUCCAAAACCUAACUGCCCUGUACUCCAUUGGGAAAUCCGUGAAAGGUCGUGACUUGUGGGUGAUGGUUGUUUCCGCCUCCCCAUACGAACAUAUGAUUGGCAAACCUGACGUGAAAUAUGUAGCCAAUAUACAUGGGAACGAAGCCGUGGGGCGUGAAUUAAUGUUGCAUUUGAUUCACUACUUUGUGACGAAUUAUGGUUCGGAUCCAUACGUUACGUGGCUCCUCGACAAUACUAGGAUUCAUAUCCUUCCAUCGAUGAAUCCCGACGGUUUCGAGGUUUCGAAGGAAGGAUAUUGCGAAGGUGCUCAAGGGAGGUACAAUGCACGUGGUUUUGAUUUGAACCGAAACUUCCCCGACUACUUUAAGCAAAACAACAGGAAGGGCCAACCGGAAACGGAGGCUGUCAAAGAAUGGGUAUCAAAAAUCCAGUUCGUGUUAUCAGGAAGCUUACACGGAGGUGCCUUAGUUGCCAGUUACCCGUUCGAUAACACGCCAAAUUCACCCACAAAGCAAAUUAUAUUCCAUUAAUUGAUAUCGUUAAAAGCAAUUUCAUCGUGUUGUGUAACUUUUCAUGCUGUCAGGAAUAUGCCGGUCAGCGCCGUUAUGCGC